AUGGGCACUCUCGCGCUCCACUCCGGACGUACAAACCUCAGCUUAUGGGUCCUGAAGGAUGACACCUCGUCACGUAGAGUCGUACAAAUUUUCAGCCGCCAUGUUGCAGAUUCGCAUUUUACGACUAUCACGUCCGGCUCGGUUCUUCACGAGCACGAACCUUGCUGGCCUGCGAUUGCGAAGACGUGGAAGAACCAAAUUGACACCUUCGCCAAUCUGGGCUUCAGAGUGAUUGCCCCAGACAUGCCAGGCUAUGGUCGUACAUCAGCACGCAAGAAGAUCGAAGACUACUCUUUGGAGAGCAUCAACAUUGCAAUGGCUGCUAUGCUGGACCACGUCGGCCAGGAAGCUGCGAUCUGGAUCGGGCAUGAUUGGGGUUGUGGUGCGGUCUGGUCUUUCGCAGAGCACUACCCCGAGCGAACCAUUGCAGUGGCAGGGUUAGCAGUGCCGAGCCAUGUCAUUGAGAAAGGUCUUGAAGAAGAGCUGAAGACUGUCAACCGCGACACUUAUCCCGAAGACCAGUAUCCUUACGGCCAGUGGGACUAUCAACGAUUCUAUCAAGUCAACUUUGAAAAGGCUACAUCAUGGUUUGACUCCGAUAUCGCAGCAUGCGUGCGUGCUUUCUAUGCGAAAGGCAGUCCAGCCAGCCUCGGCAAGCCAGCCUUCACAGCGAAUGUGCAGAAAGAUGGUGGGUGGUUCGGUGGCCUCGAGAAGCCAGACCCAGCCUGGAAACAAAUCCCGAUCGAAGCAACCUGCAUUGACGAGGAUAUCUACAAAGAUCUCGUCGAAGCCAUGGAGCGCACUUCAUUCUACGGUGCCGAUGCAUGGUACGCGAACCACGAAACGAACCGAAAAUACUUCUUCGAGAAAGCCAAGAACGAUGGCUAUCUCCAUAUGCCAACGCUUUUCAUUCAUGCGAGAUACGACACCAUCUGUGACACUUUCACAUCUUCCCUAGCCGAGCCCGGCAGGAAGUUUUGUACAAACUUGACAGAGGCAAGUAUUGAAGCCGGUCAUUGGGUCGCUCAAGAGAAGCCGGAGGAAGUCAACCAAAUCAUCACGAGAUGGAUUCUGGAAUCUGUACCACAGCAGUGGCCGGGUUAUUGGACUCGUGGGUUUGUUAAGUCGAAGGUCUGA